AUGAAGGGCAUGGAGUCGUCCUUCUCCUUGCCCGCCUUGGCAACCUACGGCGAACACGGUGGCUCGCGUGUAAGAGAGGACUGCGUUCUCGGCGUGGCGGCGCUCAAGUACCUCCCAUACGGCGGGCUUUACAUAUCCGGUGGCAUCGCCGCCAAGAACCCAGAUUGGAUCACCUCGGAGGAGUUUCAGAGCGCCUACAAGGACAAGGGCCGCCUCUCGCCGCUCGUUGAGCAGAUCCCGCUGUACCAGGUUAAGGUGGAGGACACAGGCGAGCGCGGCGCCCUAUUCGUCGCCUGCAAGAUCCUCUGCGAAACCAAGGGGCGCAUGGAGGUUAAGAAGGCACCACCGACGAAGAAGUUUGCGCCACUGACCACCAAGGACGACGAGGGCGUGACCCCGACGGAGCCGGUCUCGCCAAAGUCUGUUUCUCGCUCCUCGCUGCCUAGCCCGAGUAGGUUCGGGGGGCUCUAG